AUGUUCCCAAUGUUCAAAUGCUCCCAGUUCGGCCCAGCUGAUUUCGGUCCGAAAUAUGUGGACUUCACAGGUCAAAUGAGCCGCGCUUCCGUCCCUCCCACUCUCCACUUCUCCAACUCUCUCAUCACACCACAUCAUGUCUUCACCACAACAACGACUGUCCUCUGUCGCAAACCAGCUGUCUCCCCCGGGACAUCUGCUGCGAAGCAACGCAUUUUGGCUAAGAAUGCCGAUGACGUGGUGAUCACCUAUCUCGCCCGAACUCCGCUCACAAAAGCUCGCAAGGGUGGAUUGAAGGAUACCACCGUUGAUAACUUGCUGAUCUCGCUGCUCACAACCGUACGCGAAAAGUCCAACGUUGACCCCAACCUCAUCGAAGAUGUCUGCGUGGGCAACUGCCUCGCCCCCGGCGCCGCAUACCUCGCCCGUUCCGCCGUGCUGGCAGCUGGAUAUCCCGCGACCGCUGCCACCUCCGUGACCAACCGCUUCUGCUCCUCGGGCCUGCUGGCCAUCCAGAACAUCGCCAACCAGAUCACCUCCGGCUCUAUCGAUGUGGGUAUCGCCGUCGGCGCAGAGAGCAUGAGCACCAAUUCCGACGAACUACCAACCCAUGGGUGGACCUCGGAGAACGUGGCGGGAGACUUCAACAUCUCGCGCGAGCAACACGAUCAGUUCGCGGCCAAGAGCUAUCAAAAGGCCGAGCACGCGCAGAAAGCGGGCUGGUUCAAUGACGAGAUCAUUCCCAUUACGACUCAGAUCAAAGAUCCCAAGACGGGCGAGGUCAAGGAUGUAGUUGUGGAUCGGGAUGAUGGUAUUCGCUACGGCACGACCGCCGAGAGCCUCGGCAAGAUUCGCGCUGCUUUCCCUCAGUGGAAGCCCAGCGCGACGACUGGCGGCAAUGCCAGUCAAAUCACCGAUGGUGCUGCGGCUCUGGUCCUGAUGAAGCGCUCCAAGGCGCAGCAGCUGGGUCUGCCCAUUAUUGGCAAGUUCUGCGGUGCCACUGUUGCGGGCCUGGAGCCGCGCAUCAUGGGCAUCGGUCCCUCUAUUGCCAUUCCCAAGAUUCUGGGCAAGUUUGGCCUGAACAAGGAUGAGAUUGAUAUCUUUGAGAUCAAUGAGGCUUUCGCCUCGAUGGUUAAGAUCAUCGCGGUCUUUCUAACUGUGUUGCAGGGUGUUUAUUGUGUUGGCAAAUUGGGUCUGGACGAGUCCAAGGUGAACCCGCGUGGAGGUGCCAUUGCUUUCGGUCAUCCUCUCGGUGCAACCGGCGCCCGGCAGGUCGUCACUGCGCUGGCCGAGUUGCGUCGCCAGGACAAGCGUGUCGCGGUGACAUCGAUGUGUGUUGGAACCGGUAUGGGAAUGGCCGGUAUCUUCGUCUCCGAGCAUUAG